AUGCGUCUCCUCCGGGUCGCUGUGGUGAAGACGACAGCCGCUAAGCAAGUUCCCAACCUCCAAAACAUCUACUCGCCUCUCACGGUUCACUGGCCAAGCGCCGUUCGCCAGUACCCUCCGGCCAAACCUAACUGGAGGGGCAAUUCCACGAACCGCGGGAGGAUAUACUGUGGGGGUGGGAGCGCCCGCUACUUUUCCCAUAGCCCAGCGGCCCCUGCGGAAGUCAUCAAUAAUGUGUCGGCUGCGGUAAGGGCUUUCUGGACUUCAGGCCAACGAGCCCGCUUCAACGGUGUCGACGCCCAGGGUCGCGCCCAGUAUCGUGCGGUGUCGGAUCUUGAGGAUGAAGCCGCGCGACAGCUAUAUUCCUGCACCAAAACCACACCGGGAUCGUUUGUCGACUUCCACCUCAGCCCCACCAUCACCGCGCUCAGUCCUCUCGCGUCGACUUUCCCCUUUGAGUCUGCGGCUAUCGCCUGGCAGCAGCCCCAGAAGCCGAGCUCGUUUGCCGGGAGCCUCAGCCAGGAAGGCAUGUUGAACGAGCUCGCCGCAGAUUUUGCGAGGGCUUUCAAGGAUCUCAGCAUCAUUUUCUCAGACAUCAAGCGAAUCGCAGCUCUAGGCGAUCUUCCUGUGAAAAUGGAGAAGCCAAAUGUGCUCCGGGUACGGUUCCCGGAGUCGAUGCAGGAACGCUGGAGCGACUGUGCGAUGACCUGGGUGUGCAGCGUGGCUCCGUUGGAGAGGAUCCUGACUUUGCACUUUCAAUGGGUGUGCCAGUUGCUUUAA